AUGGAAAAUUCAAUUCAAAAUGAUAUCGAAGAGCCAUUCCUGAAUGGCAAGGUCAACAGCACCACUGUUGAAAGAGACCCAGUCCUCAUCCAAAAAUACAAAAAGUUAGAGCAUAGCUACAGCUGGAAGAUAAUCUUCUACCUAAAUGUAUUCCUUGCCUGUGUCUCUUUCUCAAUCGUGUUGCCUUCCUUGUGGCCAUAUCUUCAGAGAUUCGGAGUUGAUGAAAACUUUUUGGCACUUGUGCUUGCGAUCUACUCGAUUGGAGAGUUCCUAGGAUCAAUCUUAUGGGGAUACAUCUACAACGCUUCCACGAUGAAGUUCUCCCUGUAUACUUGCAUUGGAGCUGGAUUCAUUGGAUCCUUGCUCUACUCCUUCGGAGGCUAUUUCCUAGGGUGGGGAAAAUGGCUUGUCUUUCUUGGAAGAUUCAUUCAAGGACUCUGGACAGGAGGACAACAAGCGAUAGAGCAAGCAUACAUCACAGAAUGUAUCGACAAAGAUGAGAAUCUUAGCAUGAUUGCAGAUCUUGGAGCCUCUGCCGUGCUUGGAUUCGUCCUUGGUCCAGUAGUCGGUCUUAUCUGUGGCUUUAUUAAUUUCAGAGUUGGCUCAUUCUAUGUCGAUGAAUACACCUCUAAUGGGUACUUCCAGGCCAUCUUCACGAUCAUCAUGUUCCUGGGUACCUUCUUUUUGUUUGUAGAGAUCCCAAGAGAAUAUAGAAGAGGGCUUCAAGAAGAUGAAGAUGAAGAAGAAGAAGACGAGAAUGAGGCUGAAGACGAGAACGAAGAUGAAGAAGUUAUUCAAAAGGCUAAAGAAGUAAUGCAGCAUGAUCCUAACACUUAUGAUUUCUCAUCUCUCGAUGAUCGCGUCAAAAACUACCUCUCUAAAGUCAAGCCAAAUCAAACAGGAGUAUUAGUAUGCUUGUUAAUUUUCUUGAUUCAUUUCAAUGGCUUUGCUGUGCAAGAAACGAUAACUACUCCAAUCUCUACUGAUGUCAUUCACAAGUACACAGAUACACUAGAUUACCCAGAAAGCUUUGCUUAUAUCUUGUUUGCUUGCAGUGGAUUCCUGUCUCUUCUGACUUUCUUGGCCCUUAAAAGGAUCAACACAUGGACAUCGGACCAGAACUUUGUACUCCUCAGUUCAAUAAUGGGACUUAUUGGAUACUUUGUUCUUCUUGAUUUCUCUCCCAGAAUCAUCGAGCCUGCAAGAUUCGUCAUUGGAUUUUGCAUUAUUAGUGUAACUUUCCCUCUCGGGAGAGGAGUGACCUUGUCCUUAUUCUCAAAACUUAUUGGAAAGCACAAAGCUGGAGUUUACAUGGGAUACAUCCUCGCAGUAGGCGCUAUCUCCAGAAUCAUUGGUCCAUUCUGGUCAGUACAGUCACUCACAGUAUCUCCUUCGCUAACUUUCGGAGUGUCUGCAUUCUUGUUCCUCAUCAAUGUGGUAGUCCAGUUGCUUUAUUCAAACACUUUAAAUGCACAUUGGUCAUACUACAUCAGCAUUGCUGAGGAAGAAGAGGAAGCAAAGAAGGAAGGAAAGGGCUCUUCCGGAGUCACUCCUAAGAAGUCAUAUUCUUCUUACAACCCCUCACCUAAUGCUCAGUACAUUCUUGAUGAGAAGAACUCUCAGAAGAACAAGUUCAAGGGCAAAAACAUCAGUGGAAUGGUGUAAGGUAAAGG